CGCCGAGGGGCCGCGGCGCGGGGCUCCUCCCGGUCAGAGCCCAGCGGGUGGGGCGGGGUUCGGUGCGGGAAUCGCGGAGAGCGGCUGUCCGUGGCUCUCUGAACCUGGGAAAUGGCAGUGAUGGGAAUUACAAGCCAAGGAGCUCCUGAUCCAGCUGUCAAGCACAAGAAGGAGCUCACAGCUACCAAGGGGCUGAAUGAGACAGUGAGUGAAAAGCAGAGCAGUGUUUGCAAAGUAGAAGAUUCAAAGAAGGUCAUCUUUCACAGCCAGUGGAAAAUCCUGAAUGAUGUCAUCACCAAAGGAACAGCAAAAGAAGAAACAGAAGGAGGCUGUGCAUCCAUUUCUAUUAUUGCCCAAGCAGAAUGUGAGAACAGCCAGGAGUUCAGCCCCACCUUACCAGAGAGAUCCUUUAUUGCUCACAGUAAGCGCUACAGCCGCUCCGACAGCCUCGAUCAGAUCCCCAACAAUGUGGCCCACGCCACGGAGGGGAGGAUGGCCCCCACCUGCUGGAGAGCCCGGCGCCGGGGGAAGGCCAGGAAGAAACGUCACAAGAAGAGAUCCAAGUUGAAAGUACCAGUGGUGGCUGCUGGCAGGAGAGGUCCCAGAACUCCAGAACAAGAGAGCUGCACCCCAAUUCCUGUCCAGGAGGAUGAAUCACACCAAAAUUCUCUUUACGGAAACCAUUUUUGGGUUUCAGAACUUAACAAGGACUUGGUCUAUGAUUCUCUGCCAUUUGAGAGACCUGAGAAAGUUCAGUCCACGGGCAAAGUCCCUUCCCCAGGGAGCCAAUACAGAACAGAACUGCACAAGUUGAUAAGCCCCAUUCAGUGCCUUAAUCAUGUUUGGAAACUACACUAUCAGAGGAACAGUGUUCCACAGCCUGAAACUCUCCAUCCUUUUCCCUACAACAUAAUGUCCCCUCAUUUCCCACAUCUGGACACUCCUUUCCAUGCCAUGAAACAUCAUGCUCUGGAGACGUACUUCCAUGGUGACCUCAACUAUCAAGACAGUGAUCAUCACUUAUCUGACCUCAACUUUGAAUAUAGCUUCCCCAAAUGUGCCAACCAGUCCAUGAAAACCAGCUCAGACAAGGUUUCUGUGGAAGAGUAUUUGGUGGAUGCCUUGAAGGGGAGCGUGAGUCUUGGUGAACCACAAAAUUUAGCCAGCCUAGCCAAGACGUGGAGAGGAGGUGGUUUGGACCUGAAGGAGCAGUUGCAUGAAGCAGAUGAAAAUGAAGGCGUGCUACUGAAUGAGAAACUGAAGCCAGUGGAUUAUGAGUACAGAGAAGAGGUUCAUUGGACCAAGUGUCACGGUUCUUUGGGCAUUGGCUCUUUUGGAGAAGUAUACAAAAUAGAGGACAAACAGACAGGAUUCCAGUGUGCUGCCAAGAAGGUGCAAGUUGAGCACUUCCGUGCAGAGGAGUUAACAACGUGUGCUGCAAUAACAAGCCCUAAAGUCGUCCCCUUGUACGGAGCCGUGAAGGAAGGACCUUGGGUGACCAUCUUCAUGAAGCUGAUGGAGGGUGGCUCAUUAGGUCAGCUAAUUAAACAGAGUGGCUGCCUGCCAGAGGACAGAGCCCUCAGCUAUUUGGGCCAAGCAUUAGAGGGCUUGGAGUAUCUUCAUGCUCAAAACAUUCUCCAUGGAGAUGUAAAAGCGGAAAACGUGCUCUUGUCUGACGAUGGAAGCAGGGCUCUUCUGUGUGACUUUGGUCACUCUGCUCACCUUCACCCCGAUGGCCUGGGAAAGUGCUUGGUCACAGGGAACUAUGUGCCUGGCACGGAGACCCACAUGGCCCCGGAGGUGGUGAUGGGCAAGCGCUGUGACUCCAAAGUGGAUGUCUGGAGCAGCUGCUGCAUGAUGCUGCACAUGCUGAAUGGGUGCCACCCUUGGACCCAGUACUACAACCACCCUCUCUGUCUGAAGAUAGCUAAAGAGCCACCUCCUCUGAGGGAAAUUCCACCUUCCUGCAACCCUCUCACUGCUGAGAUUAUUAAAAUGGGUCUGGAGAAGGAGCCUGUUCAGAGAGCAUCUGCAUCUGAACUGAAAACUAAGACCAGUGUGGCACUUGAAGAAGUGGGAGGUGUGACAAGCCCCUGGAAAGGUGAAUACAGAGAGCCUAGACAUUUAUCCUGGAACAAGGAAAACAAUCCACAGACCUUCCUGUCCCCCACAGUGAGCCCAGUUUCUGAGACGGGUUCUGACCCAAAAUUGGCAGACAAAGUUUCUUGUGCAAGCCCAGUCCCACCACCACCACCAUCUCUGGAGCAAACAGAGGAGGUUGAGGGAACCCCUUGGAACGUGUGCAAGGAAUUACCUGAGACCUGGGAUCCUCCACCUCUCUCCUCCACUCCUCUCCCCCUGAAGAGUUGCAGCCACGUGGAGAAAGCAACAACCAUUUCAGAGCAAGAGCUCCAGCAGCUGGAGAUAGAGCUGUUUCUGAACAGCCUUUCCCAGCCCUACUCGCUGGAAGAGCAGGAACAGAUGCUGUCCUGUCUCAGCAUCGACAGCCCCUUUGUGUCAGAUGCCAGUGAGAAGAAUUCCAUGAAGGCUUCUCAUAGCUUGAGGGACACUAUGAGCUCUGGGAUUCACUCCUGGAACAGCCAGGCAGAUGGACAGAGCUUCAGCUGGAACAACCUGCUGAGCCGCAGCCGGCACACGGACACUCCCAGCUGCUUCAAUGGAGUGAAAAUCCAGAUCCAGUUGCUAAGUGGAGAAAAUUUGCACAUCAGGGAUUUCCACAGGACCAAGGUGGGAGACAUUGCCACUGGGAUAAGCAGCCAGAUCCCAGUCCCUGCUUUCAGCCUGGUGACCAAGGAAGGCCACCCAGUUCACUAUGACAUGGAGGUCCCUGACUCUGGCAUCGAGCUGCAGUGCACCCUGGCCCCCGACUGCAGCGUCAGCUGGACGUGGCGGGUCAAACACGGGCAGCUGGAGAACAGGCCCUGAAGCUCUUCCUGCUCUGGAGGUUUUUACCUUGUUGAAAGAAGGAAUUGCAAAAGCUUCCAACCACCCCUGCCAUGGAGCACCACGUGCAGUUGCUGGUGUUUUGUGCUGAAGUAGGAUAGUGGUGCAGCAGCUCACCGCUCCCGGGCCUCACUGCUGCUGUCUGUUCUGAUCCAGUUCCAAGACACGUCCUGAGCUUAGAUGUUCCCCAGAACAGUGGGAGUUACUUGUUCUGGAUGUGAGUGUUAGGUUGAGCUUGAGUAUGGUGGGUGGAAAUUCCUGCUUUGCAGAGGAAAUGUGAUUGUGCUUUUCAGGAGAGGAAGGGGGUUGGAGGAGAGCUCCUGUUCCUGCGCCUCGGCGGGGAGGCCGGUCGGUCGCUGCCGGGCUCGCCCAGAGGAGAAGGUUGGGAACCUUCAGUGCAGCUGUGGUUGGUGGUGCUGAGGGGAGCUGGCUGACUUCCUUCUAGCUGGAGGGAAAACUCAACGUUUCUGUUGGCUUUGGGUAGCAGCAUCUCUACCUCAAGCCUUUUGCAGGGGGAAAAUCAACAGCAGUAACUAGCUGGGUUCUUGGUUUCACCUCCCACCCUUCCCCGCAGACACUUCCUUCUUGAAUCAGAAAAGAACUUUGUUCCCAGAAAGAGCUUUGCUUGCAGCUCUCAUCUUCUGGUCUCCUCCCCAGCCUGGGAGCUGGUGCUCUCUCUCUGCUGUGGCUUCAGGUAGGGCAGGAGGAGGGUUUGGUGUUCCUUGGUGGGGCAGGUUGGGGGGUUAUGUUCCUCCAGCCUGUUUCCACCACUGACUUGGGACUUCACUGGGAUUGUCCCAUCCAGGCAGCUUCCUCUGAAGGGGGAAGAGAGGAUGGUUCAGUCAGCUUGGACAAGGUUUGGAUUUUGCUGCAGUAUUUCUAAAAGUCUGGCUUCAGGCUGGCAGGCUGCCUGCUCAGCCCCUCCGCUGGAGAUCAGUGCCCCAGUUCUGUGCCAUGUGUUGGCUCAGCCUGUCCCCACCAGCACCCACAGACUGGCACGAGGCUUCCUACCACUCCCCUUGUGUCCCAGGGUGUGAAAGGAGUGGGAUGGCAGCAGGGCCCAGGAUGCCUCAAGCUCUGAAGUUGUUUUUUUUAUGGACUUGUGAAUUGUUUGGCAUCUACUGAAACUGCCUGGGUCCCAUUCAAUGGGCUGGUGCUGCUCAUCCUUCCGUAACCCAGAACAAAACCAGAGGGAGGGGGAAGCUCUGGGUGUUCCUGUUCAGGGCUGCUCCAAGUCCUUGCAACCCCUGGAGAUCACCAUCACUUGAUGGUGUGCUGGGCUCUUCCAGUGUGCUGCUUCCACAAGUGACCUCUGAGCAGGACCUGUCUGCAUCCAAGCUGGGUAGAGGAGCAGCUCCCAAAAAGCAAGGUAGGCCCUGCUGGAUGGAUCCAUGCUGGUUCUGGGGGACAGGAGAGGACAGGAACCUUGGCAGUUUGCCCAAGUGAAGUUCACUUAGAAAAAUAGCUAGGAAAAGUUGGGCUCUGGACCUCUCUUUUUGAGGACCUUGAAGCAACUGAUCCUCCUUCCCUUUGGUCUCCCAGAACAUGGGCUGCUUUUGGUACACGAGGCAGUGACAUCCCCAAUCACUAAACUCAAGUUGUGAUGCAGUUAAAAAAACCCAACAUCUCGAAUUAAAAUUAAACCUGUCACAGCUCUGGGUAGAGUUUUCUAGCACUUUUUGUUCUAAAGCACUUCCGUCCAAAAGAGACACCUCAUUCUAGUUGAAAUGCCACAUAAAGAGGCUUUUUAGUAAACAAUUAACACAUGAUGAUGCACUUCUCUUCCAGGAAGGAGGGGGAGGAAUGGGUUGGUUGGCUCCAUUUUUGGCUUUUUCAGCUGCCAUAAACUCCUAAGAAUUGUAGGCUCUGGAGCAGGAGGGAUCAAAAUUCCUUCCCAGGAGCUCCCAAGCACAUGUUCAGUGCACCAACCAAUCUCCCCAGGCCUGGCCCCCUUCCUGGGCUUCCUCUGAGUUGGGGGAGGAGAAAAACCUGUUGGUUGUUUCUAAGAAGAGUCUGUGGAUGAGGUGGCAGUGUCACACCUCCUGGGUGAGGUGGCAGUGUCACCUCCCUGGUGAGGUGACAGUACCAAGGCCUGCUCUGUGUCCAUCCCAGAGCCUGUGCCUCGUGGCUCUGUGCUCUCCCAGUGCUUCCAGGUGCAGCUCCGUGGCUCUGUGCGUGGUGCUGGGCUCAGGUGGUGCUCAGCAGCAGGGCAGGAUGCAACCCUCUGCUCCCAGGACUUGGAGCUUCCCACUUCAUCCACAGCAUUAACCUUCCUCAGGCCACGUGUGUGAGCGGGAGGCAGCGAGUCCUGCCAGCCCCCCUGGCCUUGCUGGGGAGGUGGAGGUGACCACCUUCUCCUGGACCCUCACCAGCAUUAGCCAUCACCUCCAUCCUGCUCAUUUUGUCCAAAACCUUCAGUCCUAUUUUGCUGCCACCUCAAGUGAGGAAGUGAGGCUGCAGAUUUCCACCUAAGGAAUCUUUUCCAUGACAACCAGCUGGGGCUCAGCAGUCCCUCCUGGGUGGGAAGACCCUUGGGCUAAUACCACAAACCUGGUGCUUCCUGACUGGCCUGAAAUGUUCUCCAAUCAGGAACAUCUCCAGGCUUUUCAUGUGUUUGCUACCUGUCCAUUUGGGAUCUCCUCAACUCUCUUCUGCUGCCAGAACAAUUUCUUCUUCAGUUGGCUGGUCAUUGUUGCUGUGACAGGCCUAAAAAGGUCCCAGCUUCCAGAUCCAGGCUGACUGGAGAGAAAGCCAGGAAAGCUUUUUGUGAUCCACAUUAAAAUUGGGUUGAAACUGUGUCAUAACACAACUGGCUUGAGGACAGAACCUCAGCUCAGGGUAGGGAGGACAAAUAGCAGUAGGAGUGAUAAACACAGAUGGUUCUUGUCAUGGAGCUGCUUCUGGAAGGCUGGAAAAAUCACUUGGCAGAGCAAGAUGAAGCUGAUCAUCUGGGAUGGGCAGGACGAGUGUGGGUGAAGGUGAUGGAGGGGCUUGGAAUGAACCAAUGACACUUUAUAAAACUGUGAUUUCUUGAAAUUAACUUUUUUUUUGACCUGCAUUUUCACAGGGAAAAAAAAAAAAAUAA